AUGUCGUUCUCGACCACCGUCGACGUCCUAAUCAUAGGCGGUGGACCAGCAGGUCUGGGAGCAGCAACCAGCAUCUCUCGACUUAAGCGAUCAUGUCUCCUAUAUGACUCCGGAUUAUAUCGAAACGAGGUUGCUGAACAGUCACAUACCAUCGCAGGUUUCGAGGGUGGUAAUCCCAAAGAUUUCAAAAACAAGGUGAAAAGUGAUUUGGAGAAUUUUUAUAGUGAUACAUUGGAAUUUAGGAAUGGGUUAAUAACGAACUUGAGAAAGUUGGAUGAUAUUCAACAUGGACAUGCGUUUGAAGCUUUGGAUAGUGAGGGGAAGUUGAUCGUUGCGAAGAAAGUUGUGUUGGCUACGGGUAUUAAAGAUCAUUUGCCUGAUAUUGAAGGUGUCAAAGAACAAUGGGGUAAAAGGAUUAUCCACUGCAUAUUCUGCCAUGGUACCGAAACUGCCAAUGCUCCCUUUGCCUUUUUGUUUACCAAAGCCAAUAGCAUGAUGAAUGAGAAACUUGUUGAGACGAUGCUGAAGCUGUGGAAGAACCUCAAUCAUACUGAUAGAUAUGUUUUGACCCAUGGAAUGGAUGUCAAUACCCCAGAGGGAAGGAAAGAUGCGGGAUUGGAAGGUAAGCUUGAUCUGUUGAAGAAAUUAGGAUAUCAAAUCAUCUCUACUCCUAUCCACUCUAUCCUUGAAGAAAGUUCAAAAUCCAGCUUGAUCAUUACAUUUACCGACAAAUCUACAAUCACCGUCCCAGCGAUGUUACUCUUCCCCGAGAAAUUCAUUCCCUCCGAACAUUCCGCACCGUUACUCACCGAAGAGUUACUAGGCGACAAGCUCCAAGCGUGGGGAACAAUUCCUGGACCACCUGCGUCGGGAUCUGGAGCUACGGGAUUGCCACCUCGGAUGGGCGAUGAUCCUCGAACAUCCGUCAGAGGAUUGUUCUGGGCUGGAAAUGCCGGGUCGGCACCUGCGAAUGUCACGUUGAGUCUCGCGCAGGGUCAGAUGGCUGGUGUGAUGGCUGGGGAUCAAUUGGGUGAAGAGGAGUUGGCUAAGCUUUAA